GGGCUGGUCGGGCGGCGGCAGUCAGGUGAGGCGCCCGUUCCUACUGCCCGGGUCUCUACUACACACCACACCUCCGCGACCCGGCUUGGCCUCCCACCGGACCCUCUCGCCCCGCCGCGGCCGGACGCGUAAGCGAGGGCGGGCCUCUGCUCCAGACGGCCAAUGGGGUCCGAGCCUGAAGCUAGGGGCGUGGCGAUCCCUGCGCGGCGCCCCGAGUGGCGGUUGUUUCAAGAUGGCGGACGUGGCGGGCCCCUCCCGCCCGGGUGCCGCGGCAUUCUGGAGUCGCGACAUUUCUGAUGAAGAACAAUCAGUAGUAUAUGUUCCAGGAAUUUCUACAGAAGGAAAUAGCAGAUCAAAAUACAAGCCAAGUCCAAAAGCUGAUGUUAAAGUUAAGACUUCCAGAAUGACUAAUGCUUCAAUCUGUAUGGAGUCUUUAAGAGGUGCUGGAGAUGCAGUAGGUGAACAGAAUUUCGGCAACGAAGGAACAAAGAGUGCAUCAUUAAAGGAUUUAUGUCUGGAAGACAAAAGACGCAUCGCAAACUUGAUUAAAGAACUGGCCAGAGUAAGUGAAGAAAAGGAAGUGACAGAAGAACGACUGAAAGCUGAGCAGGAGUCAUUCGAAAAGAAGAUCAGGCAGUUGGAAGAACAGAAUGAACUGAUCAUCAAAGAAAGGGAAGCUCUUCAGCUACAGUAUAGAGAAUGCCAAGAACUUCUAAGUCUCUAUCAGAAAUACCUAUCAGAACAGCAAGAAAAGCUCAACAUGUCUCUCUCAGAACUUGGUGCUGCUAGAAUGCAGGAGCAACAGGUAAGCAACAAGAAAAGCACUGUUCAGUCUUCAUCAAUAGAACUGGGAGGUUCCUAUAUGAGUGUAGCCAGACCACACUACUACCAAACCAAACAAAGGCCAAAGUCUGCAAACCAUGACUCAGCUUCAGAAUCUCUUAUGGAGUUCAGAAAUAAUACUUUGAAACCAAUAACCUUACAUCAUUUCAGGGAAGGUCUAGACAGGGUGCCAUCAGAGACCAGAACAUGUCCUUAUGAACCUUCAGAAAGUAAACCAGUGGAUGCAAUGCCAAAAGUAAAAGCUGCAACAGAAGAAUUAAAGGUGAAGGAGUGUUCACACCCUAAGCCUAUUCCUUCUAGUCAGUGUUGUGGUCAUAGGCUUUCUGAAAAUGAAGAUCAGAUAUAUGAAAGCCAUUCCUCAAACAUGGUCCCUCAGUGUUCUAGGACACAUCCAGAAUCAUGCAGUUAUUGUGGGCUGUCUUGGGAAUCUUUCAUGCAUGCCAGAGGGGCACUGCAACCCAGCAAAAUUGAUGUAAAAAAGCAGCUCUCAGAAGAUAGAAGGCAACAACUAGUGCUUCAGAAAAUAGAACUGGAAAUUGAAAAGGAGCGUCUUCAGCAUCUGUUGGCUCAGCAGGAGACAAAGCUUCUCUUAAAACAACAGCAGCUUCAUCAGUCUCGAAUGGAUUACAAUUGGUUAAGAACACAGGCUGCAUUUAAGUCCAGAGAGGGUGCUGAUAAAGUGUUUACUAAACCUGGAGAACAUAAUCUGGACAUGAAUGGGAGUGACUCUGCACUGAGUUUAUUAACAUCAAAAUGUGAUGAAUGGCCACCUGCAACCUCAGCAUCCUUUAAAAAGUACCAAGACUCCCCACACCGUAAAGAGAACAGAAGGGAGAAGAAGACAGUUGGGUUUCAGUCAUGUAUAGAAGAAGAUGCCCAGAGGGUGUGUCCAAAAACAGAUACGUGCAAACCCCAAAGAGGAACAGUGACAGAGAUUAGAAAAGAUGCGUCCACAUCUCCUAUCGUAAUAAGAAGCCAAAAAGAGCUUGUAACCUCAGCCUCAUCAUCCCAAAACAACAUUUCCCAGUAUGAGACAUCCCUGUUGGAUUUGGUUCACUCUCUGAGCCCAAACUCUGCUCGCAAACCUCAUUCAUCCAGAGAAGUUGGGGCCUGGAAUCUCAAUGCUUCCCGACCCAGCCCUCAAAAAUCAGUCUGGAAGAAGAUGGGGACACACAGGACUCCUGAAGACCUGGAGGAGAAUCAAAUUCUGGAGGAUAUCUUUUUCAUUUGAGUCCAAAACAUAAGCUACAAAAUUUCCACAGGAAAUUUGUGGGCUUCUUCACAUACUGAUCUAGGAUGUUAAAAUGCUUGAUUACAAAAUAAUUGUGUAUCUCCUUUUACAGGGACCUAGCUCAUUAGCAUCCUACAAUGUACUGAACAUAGGAUUUGUCCUAAACAACCCAAGGUGUUUUUGAUCAUACCAAUCAUCAGUAGAUAAUACAUUAAAGGGAAGUAGGCUAAAGAACUGUACCUUUUUAUGCCAGAGAUUAGACAUUUAGGAUACUUACUGCAUGGCAGACAUCAUUGCAUAUUCAUUGUCAUUUAAAGAAUGUUUCCUUCUCAAUUUCCUAAGGAAAAAGAUUGGUUCUCUUUUUUACACAGGAAAAACCUUUCCACUCAAAGAUACCUCAAAUACCUUGUGACAUAAGGAAAUUUCAUAAAGACUUCUACAUUCUCCCCCUGUUCUCUCACCACUUGCCAUUCUGUACGUGUAGUCCUUUAAUUCUGAAGUUUGAGUUGAUACCUCUAGCAUCAGAAGCAAUACUGGGAAUAAGUCUUGAAUCAGUUAUAGUAGACUUCAGCCUGGAACUGACCUUACUAUAACCAAAAAGUCCACUGGGCUAGAGGAAAGGACCUAACCAACUUUUGGAAAUAAUCAGCAUUAAAACGCAUGUACAAAUUAUUGUCCUGGAAAAAUUCCAGGAGAGAAACCAACUGAAAUACGUUUCCUACCAAUGUUCAGGUUGCUGCCCCUGUAGUUCCCCUGGAUGAAGAAAAGCAAGCUCUAGAUAUUUCUUACUGACCCAAGUGUCAGAUCAGUAUGCCCUCUAACACAUGUGCUCUUUAUGUUGCCAGAGUUGUGUCUGCGGAAGAUUUCUCCAGAUGGAGAGUGGUGCCCAGCAGCUAUAGGUGGCACUUCGCCUCCCGUGCAAGUGAAAGUUCCUAGUUGUCCAAGCCUUGAAUGUUUUCAGUCUAUGAAAGCCAUGUUGUUUGGACUGCCUCCCUGUCCAAGAGAAAAUCUCUGUCCCUUCUUGCUGUCCUGUUGCUUCUACUCAGUCUUCCUUCACUUGGGCCUUUUCUUCUUUAGAGGAAAGAAUGACAUUUUCUUAAUCCAAGGUAAACCUAAGGGUAGAACUAAACUAACUGUAGACAUUUUCUUGAAAAGUUGAGAAAUCAUUGAAGAUUUCAAUUUCCUUUUACAGUUUAUCCCUCUGAAAGUAGCCAAUCAGUUUCAUUCCAUUUCAAAGAGAUGUUGUAAUAUGAAACUUUCUUUGGUGUGCCUAAAAUGAGUAAAUGUCAAAUAGGCAUUUUGGAAGAGAACAGCUAUCACCACAAUUUUCAUAUGCCCCACCACCAGUUGCCAUUCUCUAUACAUUUUAUUGGUGUUGCUAUGAGGGCAAUAAGGUGUGAAUUUGUACAUAAUUAAUAUUUUAAUGAUUAAUUGAAUAACAUCCUAACAUUUUCUUCAAUAUUAAAAUUACUUUGAGAUAUAUAUGUUCUAGUAGAGCCUUGAGGUCUCACCUACUAUUCUACUAAAAGAAAGUAACACAAAAGACUCGACCCUUCACACAUAACACACACAUAUACACACACACA